CCUCAGGGAACAAUGAUCAUCGAGAAUCUGACCUCAGUGCUCAGCGAGGAGGGACAGUGGAAAUUCCCUCAUGAAUUCAACCCUGAAAACUUCCUUGAUGACAAAGGAGAGUUUGUUAAACCAGAGGCCUUCAUGCCUUUCUCUGCAGGUCCUCGGGUGUGUCUCGGGGAGGGUCUGGCUCGUAUGGAGCUCUUCCUCAUGAUUGUGACUCUGCUGAGGAAGUUUAAGUUCAUCUGGCCCGAGGACGCAGGAGAACCAGACUUCACUCCGGUCUUUGGAGCCACUAUGACUCCCAGCCCUUAUCACAUGAAGGUCCAACUCAGGACCGCGCACUGAAGUGGCGUGCAUAGGUGGAAGAUGCAGAAAGAAAAAGUGCCACUUAGUUUUGAAAACCUAUUUAAUGAAGAAUGCUGUACUUAGUAGUUUAAAUAGCUUCUGCUGGGAUGUUUUUAACACAAUGAUUCUCAAACUGUGGGACAUGGAGCCUCUGCAG